AUUUGUUACAAUGAGAAUUUUCAUGCUUCACAGCAGAAUUUUUUUUUGUUUUCAGACGAUGACUGUCACGUAUGGGAAUUCAUUGAUGCUAAACGUCGAUGGAAAAGUUUCGAUUCGGAGUCAACCAAGAAGUUGCAUCGUGCCUAUAAAGAAGGCAUAUCUGAUAUUGGAAUUUCUCUGGAUGGAAUCGAGUUUACAGUGGACUUGGAUGCCAGUUUAAUGAAGAGUGAAGAUGGCACAAAGGAAUAUAAGGUGCGUGAAUUUCAUCAAUGUACAUACGGUAUUUGGAUUAAGGGUGAAGAUGAGGCUAGAAACGAUUCAAACGAUGAAUAUUUGAGAUGCUGGGAUAUGAUAAUCCGGCGUGAUGUUUCGAAAGCGGAACCAGCGAUGAGUGCCAGUCCAGCACCGUCGGCUGCAACAACACGUUCAAUGAUUAAACGAAAGGCCCCAUCUCCAUCAGAUAGUGGUGCAUCCGAUGCGGGAACAGCUCAACAAACAUCUACAACUGCUGUGAAAAAGUCUAAAACCACUGCAACAACAAAGGAGGAACCAGAAUCCAAGAAAGCGUCUACUAGCAAAAAAGCAAGUGGGCCCAAGAAAUCAGAGCCGAAAAGCGAUGGCAAAAGUCAAAUGCGUAAAAUGUUGCUGAAAGGUGGAGCAGCUGUAGAUCCGGAAUGUAUUGAAAAAGUUGGUGUGGCUCAUGUUUAUACAGAAGGAAAGGAUAUAUACGAUGCUAUGCUCAAUCAGGUAUAUACUGAACGCAAUAAUAACAAGUACUAUAUUAUUCAACUGUUGGAAGAUGAUACUGAAAAACGAUAUUCAGUGUGGUUGAGAUGGGGACGUGUUGGCUAUAAGAGUGGUAAAAUGACCGGCUAUGGUCAAUGUGCUUGUUUCCAGGGCCAAACCAAUCUUGUUGGAUGCGGAAACGAUUUGGAGAAAGCGAAAAAAUUAUUCUGUCAGAAAUUCAGUGACAAAACGCAUAACGAUUGGAGUGAGAGGAAGAAAUUCAAGAAAGUCAGUGGAAAGUACGAUUAUCUUCCGGCUGACUACUCGAAAUUACUCGAAGAGAAAAAGAAAGAAGCAGAAUCAGGCGAUGGCGAUUCUGUAGACAAGCCGGCAAUACCAGAAUCGAAACUCGACGAAUGCGUUCAGAAGUUGCUGAAACUGAUUUGCAACAUUCGAGCCAUGGAAGAAACGGUUAUGGAGUUGGAAUAUGAUGCAACUAAGGCACCACUUGGUAAAGUUACUGAGCAACAAAUCAAGGCCGGUUAUGCGGCUCUGAAACGAAUUGAAAAUAUGAAACAACCGCCGUUGAUCAAAACAAGCGAGCAACUUAAAGCAGAAAUCUCGCUGCUGGAGGCGUUAUCGGAAAUUGAGGUGGCAAUCAAGCAGUUGAAUAAAGGCGAUAGUCAAGUGGCAGUUAAUCCGUUGGAUAGCCAUUAUGCGAACAUGAAACGUGAUAUUGAAGUUAUUCAAGCCGAUGAUAACAGAUAUAAGAUGGUUAAUGAUUACUUGAUGAAUACACAUGCGUCAACACAUUCACAAUAUAAGAUGAAAUUGAGGCAUUUGUUUGCGUUGAGUAGAGCUGGCGAGUCGGAGCAGUUCAUGUCGAAUCUUGGUAACAGAAUGCUUCUAUGGCAUGGCUCUCGUUUGACGAAUUGGUAUGGCAUUCUGUCGCAAGGACUACGAAUUGCACCACCAGAAGCACCAUCGACGGGAUAUAUGUUCGGAAAAGGCGUCUAUUUCGCAGAUAUGUCGAGCAAGUCGGCCAACUACUGCUUCCCACAAAAAUCGAAGCCUGGCCUAUUAGUGCUGGCCGAGGUUGCGUUGGGUAAUGUAAAUGAACUAUGGGCAGCCGACUAUAACGCAGACAAACUGCCUCCCGGGAAGCACAGCGUAAAGGGUAUGGGAUCGGUGGGACCAGAUCCGAGUGGAGCGAUUACGCUAGAGAACGGUUGUGUUGUACCAGCUGGAAAACCAGUCGAGUUGAAUAAAAGGAGCGGUUGUUCACUGAAUUAUAAUGAAUACAUCGUCUAUAACACAAAUCAGAUACUGAUCAGAUAUCUUGUCGAGGUGGAUUUCGUGUUCAAUUUCUGA